GCAUUAUCCCUAUAAACCCUAAUCCCCAAAUUCAACCUUUACUGAUUACUGUAAUUUCUACUGAACUAAUGCAAGCUCUCGACAUGCUUACACUCCGAUCACUCCACCUCUACAGAAACCUCCGAUUCCUCUCAGUCCAAAGCCGUAAUUACCCCCAGUUCCCCAAAAAAAUCCACUCCACUCCCCAACGUCAAUUUCCAUCCACCGCCGCUGCCGAUGAACCCAACACAUACGGCUGGUCCGCCCUCCCCAAACCUCCCGCCGACUCAUCUCCUCAACAAUCUCCCUCCGUUCAGACUGUCUACGACCCCGCCACCGGCCGUCACGGCGCCAUAGAGCCCGAAUCCGGCGGCGCAAAGGCUGAAGCUAAUCCAAUUUCGGAAGUCGGGAGCAGAGUGUACGGAGACGUGAUAGGAAGCAGCAGUAGUGCUAGGAGCAGCAUUAAGAAGAAGAAGAGCCGGAGCGUUCAUGUCUGCUCGAGCUGCGGGUACUCGGAUGGGCAGUGGUGGGGCACGUGCAAGCAGUGCGGGGAAGUCGGCACAAUGAAGCGGUUUGCGACCGAGAGCGCGGGCCAGAAGGUGACCGGGAUGAGGGUGUCGGAUAAUGCCGUGCGGUCGUGCCCUGUUAAGUUGACUGAUGUUUAUGGACGGGUUGACAGUUCGAAUUGGCGAAUUCCUCUAAAUGGUGAGUUUGGUGAUGAAGUGGAGAGGGUGCUUGGUGGAGGUUUAGUCCCAGGUUCGCUAGUAUUAGUAGGUGGAGAUCCUGGUGUUGGUAAAAGCACACUAUUGUUACAGGUUGCUGCUUUGAUAGCAGAAGGGAUUGGCCGAGUUUUAUAUGUAUCCGGGGAAGAGAGUGUUGAGCAAAUUGGGAAUAGAGCUGACCGUCUUUGUAUUGAGACUGAAGAGCUUUUUUUGCAUUCAAGUACCGACAUCGAAGAUAUUCUAGAACAGGCUCAGCGUCUUUCUCCAAAGGCUUUAGUUAUUGAUUCUAUUCAGACAGUAUAUUUAACAGGAGUGACAGGAAGCUCUGGAGGCGACGUACAGGUCAAAGAGUGCACUUCAGCCUUACAAAGGUUUGCUAAGAAGACAAACAUCCCCGUGCUUUUGAUUGGUCAUGUCACCAAAACCGGAGAUAUAGCUGGACCUCGCGUGCUGGAGCACAUCGUGGAUGUAGUUUUAUAUUUGGAAGGGGAGAAAUUUUCAUCACAUCGGUUACUUCGAUCAGUGAAGAAUCGGUUUGGCUCCACUGAAGAGCUUGGAGUUUUCAAAAUGUCACAGUCAGGCCUGCAAGGAGUUUUAAAUCCCAGCGAGAUGUUUUUAGCUGAUCCGCACUCUGAUUCAGACUAUUUAGCUGGCUUGGCUGUAGCCGUGAUUAUGGAUGGGUCUCGAGCAUUCCUCAUCGAAGUCCAGGCAUUAUGUGUAGCCGGCAGCUCUUCAGUUGUGCGGCAUGUAAAUGGUGUUCAAGGUAGCAGGGCUGACAUGAUUAUUUCAGUUAUUAUCAAGCAAGCUGGACUUAAGCUACAAGAGAAUGGUAUCUUUCUUAAUGUUGUCAGUGGAGUUAGCCUGACAGAGACAGCCGGUGAUCUAGCAAUAGCGGCCGCAAUUUGCAGCAGCUUCUUGGAAUUCCCCAUACCACACGGCAUAGCAUUCGUUGCAGAAGUUGGUCUUGGUGGCGAACUUCGUAUGGUAGCACAACUGGAGAAACGAGUGAGCACGGUGGCAAAGCUUGGAUAUAAGAAGUGUAUCGUACCCAAGCAAGCAGUGAAGUCGCUGUCGGAGGUGCAUCGAGGGCCAGAGGCCAUGGAGAUUGUGGGAUGUAAUAAUUUGAAGGAGAUGAUCAACUCUGUUUUCACAAGCAACUGAUGAUGGAAAUUUGCUUGCUUUGUUAAUUUAGGGUGUAUAUAUAUGCACUGCAAUUUCCAGACAUUCGAAAAUGCACGUGGCAUCUCAACAUUUGACAAGCGUAUCAACAUCAUACAUCUCCGUUGA